GUGGGGACGUGCACGAUGGGGUGUGAGGGGGUGCGAGAGUCGCAAAGUCGCGCGGGCUUAUAUAAACGCGCGGCGGACGGUUCGCCUUCGCAGAGCCGUAUCAACCGUCGCUGGACGACACAUCCACCAUCCACGCAGAUAAUCUUCGGCAGGCCCGCUUUUGUCAGCCGCCCGGUCUCCAUCAGCGUCAAGAUGCAGCCCAAGAUGACCGUCUUAUGCACACUACUGACGUUCAUAGUCGUGGUCGCAAUUUCGAGUCUCACAGCCGAGGCAGUACCGCAUAGCCAUGAAAGUUAUUGGGAUCAGCAGGAUGACAUAGACCGAGACGAGUUCGUAGAGUUUCUCUCGCGCCUUAGUCGCGCUGUCAUGAACCGCCCUGAGAUGGAAAACUCCAAACGAGGAUUGGAUCUGGGUCUCAGUCGUGGCUUCAGCGGUUCUCAGGCGGCGAAACAUUUGAUGGGACUCGCGGCGGCGAACUACGCCGGCGGACCCGGACGAAGGCGUCGCUCGGAACAGGCGUAGAUCGUAGACACGAUCGCUGAUGCAGAGAGAUUACUAUACAACUCGUAAUAACGUCACUCCCGACUUCGAUCCUUCCACUUUGUCUCUACCUCGAGCUUGAACCACCAAUCUCAGAAUCGUCCGUUGCCAGUGGCGUAACUAACUGCACUCAAGCAAUUAAUUAAUUACUCUUCCUUCCCCAAAUAAACUAUUAUACAAACUAGAGUACACACUUUCUCCAAAGCACAAAUAGCAUAAGUUCCUUAUUGAUAAACAAAAAUUACGAUUAUAGACACGAUUUAUAGUUAAUCGAUGUUGAUAAAUUUGAUCGAUUUUUCAUUCUCCCAUUUAGUCCUCGCACUUAGAACUUUGCACGCUCCUCCUUCUAGUUGCACCACUGGCAGUUUGCAACUGCGUUGUUAAAUUGCUCUUUACUUUUUUUUCCGUAUCGUUUCGAUAGAAUAGUGGACGUGAUAAUGUUUCUCCUGGCGGAAGUGCUUUCUUUUAAAAUGAAUUUUAAAAAUAAAUCUAUCUAUACAUUUAUAGAACACGCAAAUAGCACAUUAGAUAAUUGGUCUGUACUUUGUAUCAAUUCAGAUAGAACACGGUAUAAUUUUAAAUCAACGAUCGAUUAAUAAUAAAAUGAUAAAUCUUUUUACACAAUUUUGCAAUAGGCUCUAAUUCAGAACAGAUAAUUAAUUGUUCGUAUGUUCGAGGAUCCGCGCUGCCAUCCGGAUCCUUUCAGAAGUUAAUUUUUACAGGAUGGAUACUCGAUUUGUUUUCACGUUGAAAUUUUUCCUUCCUCCUUUCCAUCGAGGAAAAACUCUAGAGAGUAUCGAAGGCAUUCUCGCCAGGUAUCGUUGUUGCUCCGCAAUGUUUUGUUCCUCCGCAAUAUUUAUUUGUUACGCGUGAGUCGCGUACGGGAUUGGUAACUUUAUUCGUGCCAUAAGAUAAAUGAAGUGGGUAGACAUAGCAUUUAGCUGAUCCAACAAGAGGGCUUCUUCGAGUCACGCCUCCGCGAAUCGAUGACGCACCACUUCCGGGCUGCAUUUAAUUCUAGUCAUUACUAUCUGCAAUUGAAAUCGUAUACCGUCGACAAGCUCCCCCGAGCGAGCGUCGCGCGCGAAAGAGAAUUUCUCCCUUAAUCCUUUAUGCGCGCGGAAUAAUUUUUCUCCUGCAGAGCUUCCGAACGCCCGCUUCGUUAAACUUUCAUACCAAACGACGUAUUGUACGAUCGCUCGCACCCCCGUACGUCUCCUCCCUUCUCCGAUAUUCUAGUAAUUCUUGUAAAAAAAAAAGAAGAAGACUCGUCGUACUUACUAUGAUAAUCGUAAUCGAUGUUGCGUUCGUUAAGUCAGGCGUUCUCAGACUUCGUUUGCGUCGACGUUAAAGUAAAUCCGCGUUGUGUGCAAAUUCCUUGUCAGCAAAUCUAAUUUUGCGUCGCGCGUCGGCUAAAGUCAUGUAAAAAAUAUCACCGCGUGGUAUCGGUCGAUCGUAUAUUUUUUUUUAUUUUUGCUUUAUUCGUUUCAUCGAGUGUUUUACACGGCAACCUCGAAACGUGUCGCGCGAAACGACUUUGAGGACCCUGCUACUUAGGUCACUUUGUUUUACUAGCUCCAACGUCUAUAUCUACAUCGUUAUGUAACACGCAAUGUGCACCGGAUGCAUAAUGCGCAUGCAUAAAUCAUAUAAGAAGUGCGACGUAGAGAUAGUAAAACUUCGUCCCUCUUUCGUGUUAUAGACUACCUUAGAUUUAGUCCGUAGGUCAGGAGUGCGCAAAAAGAAAUGUCCAAUUUAUUUUCAAAUGAAAGAAAGGGGGAAAGGCAGCUCGCGAUACUUCUCGACGUAUUCCGAAAUAUUAUUGUAUUACAACUCGUACCUUGGGAGAACAAAUAUCGAAAGUUACACAUGACUUUUCAAACUCAAUUAAUCUGGCUGAAGUUAAAUCGAGUUUCCAACGAAUUACUUGAAACAUUUAAAAUCCUCUGCUUUUGUAGCGAGCAUUUUUCAAUAAUACAUUAACAGAUUGCAAACUUUUACAAUCCGCCUGCGAACGGGCCAAUUGUAACGGGAUUUCAAUUUUCAUUUAAACCGAAUGCGACCUAUUUUGACAUUUGGCUUGUGCAUUCCUGUCAACAGGUGGUAACCAAAGCGCACAACAAGCGUCGAUAGCAGUUUCUCUAAUCGCACUCGUGAUGAUAGCAUGCACGAUAUAAUUGGAAAGACUUGCUGCAACCAGUAAAAAUCAGCUCACUGAGCCAAGCAAAUUACACGAGAUUCUCAGAUUAUAUUUCUUUACAAGAUUACCAAAGUAAAAGUAUUUAUAUGUUGUUUUAAAAAUAAAAUGUUCGAUAUAGGUAGAAUUACUCCCAGAUUUAGAUCGAUUAUCUUUCGAUUUAAGAAAUAUUAAGAUAUAUUGUUAAAAUAAUCUAAAAGGUGUUAAAAUAUAAUCUAAAAAAAUGCUAAUUAAACGGUUAUUAAUUAACAGCCGCAAAAGUGGAUCGUAAUAUUUGUUGUGUGCUAUUAUAAUUAUUUCGCAUUACGCAACGUAAUACUCGUUGCUCCAACACCUGACAUAACAAUCGUUUGUUCGAUCAGUGUACAAGCGGAUCUCGUUUUGCGAAUAAAUUACCUGCCGUUUCAGAAAUAAAUGUGUGCCCACGGACGAAGCGAUUUGUUCGCUUAAUCGCGAAAUCCCGUUUGGUUAUCACCGACACCCAGAGUGAAGCGCGUGAAGUCGACCUGCGUUAUUUCUGUGUAUUAUAAAGAGAUUUAUUGCGCCUCUAGUAAAAACUGAUCGUAAAUAAAAGUUACUUUAACCCAGC